CGCAAAUACUUCCUCCCGCGUAUACCCAUUGUAUGUCUGCCCUGUAAUACCUCGUAAUUUCUAAAACCCUAAAACCCCCCAAAUCUCACAACUCCGCACUUCCUCUUUGCAACCAUUAUUCGUUCAUUCCAAAAGGGUUUUUUCUACAAAUUGCCGAAUUGAAGACUAAAAUGAGAUAUUUAAGAGGUAAGUUCUUCAAUUCUCUCUCCAAUUUUUCGCACCCCCAUGAUGCGAAUAACUCAAUUUUACCCAUUUUGUUGAGAUUUCAAUUGUUUAGUUCCACGAAUGGUUAUAGUUUAAAUGGGCAGCUUAGAAAUUUUUGUAGUUUUGGAUAUAGUGGUCGUCGUAAUAAUGAUGAUGAUGCAAAGUUUUCUGGGGAAAAUGGAGGAAAUUUUAAUGCAUCGCAGGAAAAUUUUAGGUCUCCAGAAGGUAGGAGACAAGAAAUGCCCCAAUUUAAUGGAAAAAUUGAUUUACCAGAUCGAAAUCAUACGCGGGUAGGAAGAAAUAGUGGAUUUCGUAAUCCCUUUGGUGUUGAUGGUAGUGAACCUAAGUUUGAUAGUAGUGAUGAAGGAAGUGAGGGUUUUGUUGGUUUGAGUGGAGAUCAAGAGGGGAUGAAGAACUUGCAGCCGUCGGUUAACAAGCUCUUGAAUAAGCGGGCCGGAGGCGAGGAGGUGGGUGGGAAAAAGGAUAUUGAUUUUCUUGAGAAGUUUAAGCUUGGUGGUGUUAGUAAGAAGGAAGAGAAAUCAGAUGAGGCAGAGGCAGCGGCAGCUUCUGUGAAGCUUCCGUUUCAGGAAGAGUCGAUGGAGGCACAUGAGAAUGCUGACUAUAUUUUUAAGAAAAUGAAACAAACGGGUCUGAUUCCUAAUGCAGUGGCAAUGCUUGAUGGGCUUUGUAAGGAUGGUUUGGUUCACGAAGCUAUGAAGCUGUUUGGGUUGAUGCGCGAGAAGGGUUCUAUGCCGGAAGUUGUUGUUUAUACAGCUGUGGUUGAAGGGUUUUGCCAGGUGCAAAAAUAUGAUGAUGCUAAGAGGGUUUUCAGGAAGAUGCAGGAUAAUGGGAUUGUGCCAAAUGCUUUUAGUUACACUGUCUUUAUCAGAGGUCUAUUGAACGGAAAGAGAAUGGAUGAUGCUGUUGAUUUUUGUGUGAAGAUGGUGGAAAAUGGUCAUUCACCAAAUGUGAUGACGUUUACUUGGCUGGUUCAUGAGUUUUGUGAGAAGAAGGGAGUUGAAGAAGCCCGCAACUUCAUUUCUACAUUGAAACGAAUGGGAUUCCUUUUGGAUGAGAAUGCUGUUAGAAUCUAUUUGGAUAAGAAUGGUCCAACACCGUCCAUGGCAUGGGAAGCAAUAUUCGGGCCUAAGAAGCGCGCAUAGAGACCUAUUUGUGCUUCCUAUGCUGAGCAUUAAUCUGUUCAAGCUUUACCUUUUAACUGAUUUCAACUCACUUGGUUAUGCAACGACUCAGGUAAUUGUCUCUUCUCUAUUGUCCUUCUAGCUUACAUGUGAUGUACCCACAUUGAUGCAACUAAUGAACGAAAUAUGAUACUAUCAUGGAUUAAGAAAGGCAGGAGAAUGAGACGGGAUUUGCGUUAGACUUCUCUGUUAAUUUUUGAAAUGUGCAGUGCACGUGGUCUGUCAUUACUGGAGAGAUGCAUCUCUUCUUAAAAGAGGGAUGUUUGACACGAGAAGGCAUCCUAUUAAUUUAGGCUCUCACACCCAUCUGUAUAGGAAUAUUUUAAGACUGCGGAAGAUCUUUGUGAUUUGGUCGGUCUUUUUUUUAAGAGAAACCCUUGUAGUUUAAGUUAGUCCCAAGUUGAAGAAAAAUGGUAUUGUUUUUCCAAGGGGUGGUGGCUGGGUGGUUUUAUGCUCAGGUCUCUCCAUUUAAUGAAUAGACAUUAGUAUUAUUAUUCCUAAUUAAGGUACUACCAUUUUUUUAUAAAUAUUAGAUUAUUAUUCCUAAUGAUUCUUAAAGAUAUAAGUAUAAUUUAAUCAGCUAUUAGCGCAGAGAUAAUGGCUCUUGACACAUCCACAAUUAGCUUGCGGAAAUAAGACCAUCUAAGUUAACGACUAACAAGUAGAUUCCCUAACAUUAUGGCAGCAGAAAUUCUUUAACGUGCUGACUGUAUGGAUGACGCAGUACACCCAAUUAAUCACCUCUCCCCAUUUCUGUUUCUUUCUCUUAAUUUCCUUCCUAACUUCCCGGUGUUUAACACCUGAAUUGAAAUAUUAUUAUAUAAUUAGGCACGCAGAAUAAUGAAGAAGUCAGAAGGAGAAGAGGGGGGGGAGGGGGUUAUAUUAUUAGGCAUGAUUACAAUCUAUGUUACUUGGACUCUUCAUUUUACCUCAAGUACUCGUAUCGGAUCCUCGACACUCGGACGACACUUCAUUUUUGACCAAAAUCAUGAUUUUUUUUCACAAGAUAGACGAGUCAGACACUUGGACAUGUACCUGUGUCCGACAUGGGUACCCAAGUCCGAGUAACAUAGAUUAUGGUCUUUAUUGGCAUUUCCUUUAUCAUUUUUGUGUUCAGGGCAUCCGUGUGCCAAAAGGAAAGAGUAAUUGAGGAAGAGAUUAGAAGUUACCAAGUCAUUCUUGAUUAAUAUUUCCCUUUUUACUGCCCCAUUUACUAGGGAGUACAUGAUUUUAAUUUUGAGCUCUCUUUGACUUAGUGGUAUAUGCAAGAAUUACUGGAGUUCAGCUGAGAAAUCUAAAUACUGCAACAUAGUGACGUGCCGUGAAUUUCAAGUGCAGCCCAACACCAAAAGAUGCGUAAACAUCGUAUCAAUAGGUAUUUUUGCAUUUCACUGCUCUUAUACUGUCAUUGAGGUGCUUAAUCCCUCUUUGGUUCAAUGUAUAAAAAGGCUCAAGGCGCAACAAGGCGAUUUGGGGUUCCCAGCGCCUUAGGCGCGCCUCGGUGCGCCUCAUUGAAGUGAGGCGCCCUAAUAAAAAGUAAAAAAAAAGGUGAAAAAAUGGUGUAUGCCUUGGUAGGUGCGCCUUUUUGCGCCUUUUUGCGCCUUUUUUGCGCCUUUUUGCGCCUUUUUGCGCCUCAAAGUGCGCCUUUGUGCGCUUUUUUGCGCCUUGGUGCGCCUUUUUGCGCCUUAGGUGCGCCUCAUCGAAAUCGCCUCGCCUAGACAAUAAAAGGCGCUGGCUCCAAUCGCCUUGCGCCUCAGAGCCUAGGCGCGCCUUAAGCGCGCCAAGCGCGCCUUUUUAUACACUGCUUUGGUUUGAGAUUCAGCAUCUAAAUCUGGUUGUCUUACAUUCAGUGUCACAUGACAAAAGGGGAGGGGGCUUACUUAUUAUAGUAACUUCAUUGUCUUUUGCUUUCUUAGAUUAGUUUGGUACAUUAGUACCCGGACACCAAGGCAUUUUUCCCCCGAAGAGUAAAUUUGAAGCUUAUCAAUGACUUCUUGUUAUAUACUUAGAAAAUAAUGGUUUAUACUAGGUAGAUGAGGCCUAUGCAUAUAUUUAUUUGCUAGAAACUUUGGUGCACCAUGCAUAUUCCUUGUCAUUUGAGUUUUGACCUAUUAUUUUGGAUAAAAACGUUUCGAUGUUACCUGUUUUUUUUAUUGCCUACACUUAUAUGUCAACUACUCCCUCCGUCUCUUUUUGUUUUUUACGUAUUCUAUUUUGGGUGUUUUAUUUUGUUUUUUACAUUUCCUUUUAUAUUAUCACAUAAAGCAUUAAUAUUCUAUCAAAAUUUGUGCCCAAAUAUUAUUUUAACCAAUUAAAUCCAUUUUACAUUAAAUAUUUCUCAUUUUCCCAAUGUAAGAUUUUUGAUAAAAGUGAAAACAUUAUAAAUAAACGUAAUUUUUCUUGUUUAAAUAAAAAAAGUAGAGGAUCUCAAUGCACAUUAAAUAGUCGUUAAAUCGCGUGAAAAACAUCAAACGUAAAAAACAAAAAGAGACGGAGGGAGUACCUGUGUAUUUUUUUUAAGGCUAAGAGAGACUAAUUCUUACUUCAUGGGUGUAUGCACAUGUUUUAGUAUAGGAGUACAUGCUAGCUUGUUCUGUGUCUAGGAAAAUUAACUGCAUUUCACACUUUUUGCCCAUCUAUGAAGUCAACUCCAUUAAAAACAAAUAAAAAAAUUCAUCAGUGUUUAGUUCCUUCAACCUGACUUCAGGAGAUCACAACCUUCUCCAAAUUUUCAUAGUAUUCAUCCCAAAAUAUUCUGCUCAGUUGAAGCAUUCCUCAUUCUAGGGGAAACUAUUAUUGGUCGGAAACAUGGAUGAUGAAGUUGUGCGGGACCACUUGAUAUUUCUAGGUUCUAUACGGUGUUUUCUUAACGGGAUACUUUUGUAGAGGACAAUCAGGGCAUCGGGUUUAUCCCUCAAACUCAACCCCAAAAUCCAAGACUCUGCCACAUCAAAUUUUUACUACUUUUUUCAUGAUUCAGGCAUACACAAGACUUCCUAUUUUUACACAUUAUCCUCAAACUCACUUUAAUUCCUAAAUAAAGAUAAUUAAAUAGGAUAAAGUGUGAUGACAUGACAUGAUUUGAUUUGGUUGGGGAAAAAAUAGAGUAUUGAGUGAGACUUGGGUUUUCAAACCCACAUUUAGGUUUGUAGUCUUUUACCGCAUUUUCCCAAGAGUAAUGACUCUAAACUCCCUUACAAACUCCCCUCUAGAUGAGAGAUAAACUCACCUUCAAGUUUUUUUAGACCUUUUUAUCUUUGUAAAAUUGUUGGAAGUUUUUGUCAUAUGUUUCACAUUUAUUUAAACAUUGUCAUUUGAAGAUUCUUGCCACCCUUUGAUGGCCUCCUCUUAGUAAGGAGCUAGUAUGGUAGAGGUUGUCAAGAAUCUGACUGUUGUAUUUUGAAAAAUCAUUGUUCACCAACUCAAGAAAAGGAAAAAUUGCCGAUUAUCAAUACAUAAGUACUUCAUACAAAGUAUUGCCCGUAUAUGUAAUAUUACACCGGUGUUCAAACCGCAAUUUAGAAGGUGGACCAUGGUGUACAUAGAGCAUGGUGCACCUUAAGAACACUAGUAUAUAAUUGAAAGAACAUCUGGUUACGAGAAAAGAACAUGAGUAAUUUUUUUUAUUUAGGUUUUUAAUAAAUAGUAAAAUAAUAUAUUAUUUUUAUAACAAAAAAGUGAAAUAUUAUAUUGCAUGUUCUUUUGCCGUAGUGUCAUGUUCUUUUGCUUAUGCACACAUGUUCUUUUGGUGCACCAUACUCUACGUGCACCACGGUCCAUAGUCCACGGAUUGGUGUUCAAACUACGAAGCAAUAAGGGGGCCAUCACUUCACAUUAUUUGUGCAAAACAUUAUCGAUUAUAUAUAUGGUCACUGAGAUAUUCCAUCAUCGGAAUUUUCCCCGGAGAGGAUUGGUAAAAAAUGUUUCAGAGGACGAAAAUGAUAGAAUUUCAUGUAAAGUCAGAAUUAGAGCUGCAUUAUUUUUCCUUGUAAAUAAAACAAAUUAAAUUAGAGUGAUUGCCUUAUCAAAUGUCCAGCAAACAGUUGAUCAUGAUUCAUGACUCAUUAGUUGCUCUGAUCUUGUUUAUUGUAUUUGUAUUAGAGCUGGCAAUGGGUUGGGUUGGGUCGAAAUCAGGUCGACCCAUUUAUAAACGGGUUGAGAUUUUCCCAACUCAACCCGACCUGUUUAAUUAAACGGGUUGAGAUUUUCAACCCAACCCAACCCAACUAUAAACGGGUUGACCUGAAGUUGACCCGUUUAAUUUUUUUUUCCCACUUUUAAUUGUAAAUUGAUUUGACUAUAGAAUUGCGAGGUGAUUUUGUUAUGGCAUAUCUCAUUGCAAAAAGUAAUUUUUCAAUAUGUAUUUGACAUGAAUCAAAACGUCAAAUAAUUAUUCAAUGUUUGAAGGGAAAAUGAGAAAUAAAAUCUUUCAAAUCACAUUAUACAUAUAUAUAUUACAUACUUGCUUGCACUUAAACGGGUUAGACGGGUUGUUUUCGGGUUGAAAAUUUCAACCUGACCCAACCCAUUUAAUUAAACGGGUUGGGUUGGGUUGACCCAUUUAAUUAAACGGGUUGAAAAUUUUGACCCAACCCUUUAUUAUUGGGUUGGGUUCGGGUUGGGUUGGUGGGUUGGGUCAAUUUUUGCCAGCUCUAAUUU